AUGACUUUCUUGGAAGAAGAACAACACAAAUGUUCCAGGAAUGAGCAAAGUGUGGUGAAAAGAGUUUUAUGUAUGGAAGUAGACGGAGACAACAGAAGAGGACAACCAAAGAAAAGAUGGGUGGACUGUAUUGAAGACGACGACACGUUUGGCUCAGUUUGUAGUGACCCUACUUGCUGCGCCAGCGGUCGCGGGUUCGAGUCCCGCUGGGGUCCUUCAUUUGUG